AUGUCAGUACAAUCGAAUCCAUAUGGUCCAAACCCAUCAGACUUUUUGUCCAACGUCAACAAAUUCGAAGUCAUUGAAAGUACUUUGAGAGAAGGUGAGCAGUUUGCCAAUGCAUUCUUCACCACCGAAAAGAAGAUUGAAAUCGCCAAGGCAUUGGAUGAUUUCGGUGUUGACUACAUUGAAUUAACUUCGCCUGUUGCUUCUGAACAGAGUAGAAAAGAUUGUGAGGCCAUCUGUAAAUUGGGCUUGAAAGCCAAGAUCUUGACCCACAUUAGAUGUCAUAUGGACGAUGCUAGAGUCGCCGUGGAGACCGGUGUUGAUGGUGUUGAUGUUGUCAUUGGUACAUCACAAUUUUUGAGAAAAUACAGUCACGGUAAAGACAUGAACUAUAUCGCACAAAGUGCCAUUGAGGUUAUCGAAUUUGUCAAAUCCAAAGGUAUCGAAAUCCGUUUCUCAUCCGAAGACAGUUUUAGAUCAGAUAUCGUUGAUCUCUUGAACAUCUACCGUACUGUAGACAAAAUCGGAGUCAACAGAGUCGGUAUUGCCGAUACCGUUGGUUGUGCCAAUCCAAGACAAGUUUACGAAUUGGUCAAAACUUUGAAAUCUGUCGUGUCCUGUGACAUUGAAUGCCACUUCCACAAUGACACUGGGUGUGCUAUUGCCAACGCAUACACUGCGUUGGAAGCCGGUGCUAAAUUGAUCGAUGUCAGUGUGUUGGGAAUUGGUGAAAGAAAUGGUAUUACUCCACUUGGUGCAUUAAUGGCAAGAAUGAUCACCGCUGACCGUGACUAUGUUCUUUCUAAAUACAAACUUCACAAAUUGAGAGACUUGGAAAACCUCGUUGCCGACGCAGUCCAGGUGAAUGUCCCAUUCAACAACCCAAUCACUGGAUUCUGUGCAUUCACACACAAAGCUGGUAUCCACGCCAAAGCCAUCUUGGCCAACCCCUCAACAUACGAAAUCUUGAACCCAAGUGAUUUCGGUCUUACAAGGUAUAUCCAUUUCGCCAAUAGAUUAACCGGAUGGAACGCUAUCAAAUCAAGAGUUGACCAAUUGAACUUGCACUUGACAGACUCCCAAGUCAAAGAAGUUACAGAAAAGAUUAAGAAAAUGGGUGAUAUUAGGCAGUUGAGUAUUGAUGAUGUAGACUCAAUCAUUAAGGAAUUCCACUCAGAUUUGACAACACCCUCUAUUAGACCUCAGACAAAUGGAGGCCAAGAGGCUGAUGUCAAAGUCAUUGCUGAUGAAGAAUUGGAGGCCAAAAGGAGAAAAGUUGAAUAA